GCGGCGGCGGCGGCGGCCGUCGGGCCGGCGGGUGAGGCGAUGGCGGCGCCGGCCCCGGGGGCUGGGGCGGCCGCGGGGGGCGCGGGCGCGGGCGGCGGCGCGGGGGCCGCGGGGGCCGGGGGCCGGCUGCCCAGCCGCGUGCUGGAGCUGGUGUUCUCCUACCUGGAGCUGUCCGAGCUGCGGAGCUGCGCGCUGGUGUGCAAGCACUGGUACCGCUGCCUGCACGGCGACGAGAACAGCGAGGUGUGGCGGAGCCUGUGCGCCCGCAGCCUGGCGGAGGAGGCCCUGCGCACGGACAUCCUCUGCAACCUGCCCAGCUACAAGGCCAAGAUACGUGCUUUCCAGCAUGCUUUCAGCACUAAUGACUGCUCCAGGAAUGUCUACAUUAAGAAGAAUGGCUUUACUUUACAUAGAAACCCCAUCGCUCAGAGCACGGAUGGUGCAAGGACCAAGAUCGGUUUCAGUGAGGGCCGCCACGCAUGGGAAGUGUGGUGGGAGGGCCCUCUGGGCACUGUGGCAGUGAUUGGAAUUGCCACAAAACGGGCCCCCAUGCAGUGCCAAGGUUAUGUGGCAUUGCUGGGCAGUGAUGACCAGAGCUGGGGCUGGAAUCUAGUGGACAAUAAUCUACUGCAUAAUGGAGAAGUCAAUGGCAGUUUUCCACAAUGCAACAAUGCACCAAAAUAUCAGAUAGGAGAAAGAAUUCGAGUCAUCUUGGACAUGGAAGAUAAGACUUUAGCUUUUGAACGUGGGUAUGAAUUCCUGGGGGUUGCCUUCAGAGGACUUCCAAAGGUCUGCUUAUAUCCAGCAGUUUCUGCUGUAUAUGGUAACACAGAAGUGACUCUGGUUUACCUUGGGAAACCUUUGGAUGGAUGACAGUGGCUUUCUUGGGAUGAAAGACGGAGUGGAGGAGAUACCUGCUUGUGGAGAGUAGAAUCAUGAAGUGACAGUGUCAUACAUGCAUGCCCAAGAAACAUCCUGAAAACCACGUGAUAUUGUUAACUGGAGAAGCAGCUCUACAGCAGAGAUGAUCUUAUGUUUCCUCUUUCUACUGGGCCAGAGAAGUCCUCAGGGUUGCAGCUGGUUGAGUGGGCAGUUGACAUAUGCAUGUUUCAGCAGAUUUUGUCUCUAAAUUAGCGAUGUGUUGUUUCCAGCUUUUAAGGUAAGAUCUUAGAGAUGGUGUAAAAGGGAUAAGAUAAGGAACUAGCAAGAGUUUUAAGUCGUGUGUUUGUGAAGAAAGACUGAUCCUGUUUUACAACUGCCUGUUUUUUCUCCAGACCCUUUUUUCCAGCCAGCUUGACUAUUAGAAAAGUAUGAAACUGGUUGGAUUUUAUUUAAUAUUUUUAAUAUAUUGAGAAGCAUGGUCUGCCUGGACUGCACUUCUCUAACAGUGAGAUAUAAAAUUGUGCAGCUAUUUUAAAAGUUGUAUAUACAAUAUGUGUGUAAAAAAAAUGUAAAAAAAAAAAACCAGGACAAAGGAGUUGCUUUGUUCUAGUUCAAUUUCUUAAAAACCACUACAUGGUACAAAAUUAGAAUAACAUUUAGGGACAGUUUGGUAACUACAAAGAAGAGGAUUUUACGAGGAGAUGUGUUGUAUUGGCUCAUUUUGUAUUAUAUUUGGUUUACGGUGUCCAUGGCUAUUACAGUCUGAUUUAUUUUUUUAACCAUCAAAACUGUUGUAAAGAUCCCUCAAUCUCCAGGCUAGGUCUGAGGAAAGGCACAUCUGUGUCUAAUCAUACAUGUAUCAGUAAUAAUAAUAAUGUGCAUCUUACAGUAUCUGGUUUUAUUUUUUGACCUUCUGAGAAAGUGUCUGAUAACACAGAACAUUGCCAUUUGUUCUUAUAGGCCUCAAAUAUAAGAGCUGUUAGUCACAGACCUUAAGAAAAUAAUUGAUCAAUGGUCCUUUUAUUUUGUAACUUUAUAAUGCUGUAGGUAUUAUAGUAUCUACAAUUUUUAAUUUCAUGUUGUUUACAUCAUGCAACAAUCUAAGCCUCAGACUCUUCAUUGGGGUUGUCAAGAAAAUGUUUACUCACCCACCUGAAACAGUGCCAGCCUGAACCCAGCUUAAGAAUGUUCUUCAUCUUAUUAUAGAUAAUUGCCCCCAUGGGACUUGAAAUAAAACACCUUAUGCUGGAAAUUUAGGUUGGCAAUAUUUUGAAAGUUUCAUUGUAGAAGAGUUUAACAUUAAUUCCUGUUCAGAGUUUUUGACUAAUAAAUCUGAUUUCACUAAUACUCUUUCAAAUGAAUAAUUCAACAUACAUGAGCUGAGAUUUUCUUUGUUAGAAAAGAAACAAACAUCUUUCUGUUUGAAAGUAUAAAUCGUAUGGUUUCAACUACAUCUUUGUGAUAAGCAUUGACUAAGGCAAGUGGAAUCUUUGUCCUUUUUAGGUUUUGCUGUAUGCAUAUUUUGUUUUGAAUCUAAUGAAAUUAGGGACAGCAAGCAGCUGGCUGAGGUUCUUGGGUUGCUCCUUGAGAGUUAAUAUUAUCAGUACUCCUAGGAAGCAAGGGAUUUCAGUCAUGAACAAAGAUUUCAUUUUUGCUACCUGAAAGGUUUACAAGUAUUUGUUGUAUAUUAGGUAUGUCGCUUAAAGGUGAAAUCUGUUAAAGAUCCUUUUUGAUACCCAUAUCAAGGAAUAAACCUCCUAGAAACCAUAUUUAAUACUACAGAGUGAAAUUAUAUGUUAAGUGUAUUAGAGAAUAUAGCUGCUACAGAAAUUGAUUUUUCUUGGUGGAGAACAACUCAAUUUGGCAAAGUUUCAAAUUUAAUUAAAGGAGAGAUCUGGUUCAGGAUAAAGAUUGAACUAGCUAGAAAACUAUAAGAUCUUUUAAGUUACUUGUUUCUUUUUCAGAUUGUGAUAUGGUCAAUUCCAAGAACUUUUGCUCAGAGUUUUGUUUAUAUCUUCUGUUUUGUCUUAUUAGUAAACAUUCAUUUGUAACAAAGUUUUGAAGGUGCUGAAUGAAAAACAGAAACACAUGGUUAUUGCCUAUCGAACCUGGAAUCAAAUAGUAGCCUAAAUAUUUAACAACAAGCCAUUCUUAUCUCAAAGAUUUAAAUUCUUUAAUAUCCGAUUUGCAAAUUUUAUAAAAUGGGGAUUCAUAUUUAGCAUGACCAUCAGGGCAAUGAAGAGCCUUCAUUUGUAACCUGGUGAAUUAAUUUGUUACUGGAGACCAAUAGUAGUUGUACAGAAUACUCAGACAAACUGUUACAGCAUUUGAGGAAAUAGAAUCUUUUUCAUUGGUGCUGAGAGCACUUAGGUAGAAGACAGUUGCAUCUGAAUAUUGAAUAUAAAUCAUCUAAACCAGUGGUUCUCAACCUUAGUUGUACUUUGGAGUUGUCUGCAUUUUGAAAAAUAGUGAUGCUUGGGUCCCAUACCCCAAGAUUCUGAUGUUGAUCUGAGACGUGACAUGACCAUAAGGAUUUCUUAGGUGAUUUCAGUACAUUGCCAAGGUUGAGAGCCAGAGAUCUAAAUUCACCUUAAGUUUUCUCAUCUGCAAAAUAAGUAAAUAAAAAAUCCUUGCUCCCUCCCUUCACUACCUCACAAGGAUAUUGAGGGUAAAGAAGAAAACAGUGUGAAAGUGAUUGUGCUAUGGGUAAAAAGUGCUACUGAAAGGCAAAGUUGUAUUUAUUGUAUUUCAGCUGAAACUGUCAUCAGGAAGAAAUGUGUUACUGAAUUUGCUCUGUUAACUUGGGAAACCAGGAGCACUGUCUUUGGUUCUUAGCUUUAGUGAAGCAUGCAGAUGGGUAAGAAAACAUUACUGUUACUCUUAUUCAUACUAUGGUCUUCUGUCAUACUUGAGAUAGGCUGGUUUAAUUAUCUGGUUUUACACAGGAAAGAAGAAAUAUUAAGGUUUAAAGUCUGUAAUGGUCAGUGGCUCACAAUUCAUUAAAACCUUUCAUACAAAGAA